AUGGCAGGGGACCUUGUGGUUGGGAUGCUCUAUAACUUAUUACUGCCAAUGCUCCUGCUGACUGCCUCUUCUUUCCGCUACAAUGGUCUGUCAGUGGUGUAUUUCCUGUUCCUGCUCGUCUUACCGCUGAUGCCAAAUCCCAGCCUGGUCACCAUGAAAGGUAAAACAGGGCAGUUUCUGCUGAUUAUCAUCUACACUAGUGUGAUCUUCCUGACCCUGCAGUGCUUCAUGCAGAUCCCCUUCACCUACAUCCCUCCACAUGUCAGUGGCCACUUGGAUGAUUUCCUCUGCCACGUGGGCAUUGUAAGAUUCAGCUCAGUGGAUGCAGGGGACAUUGCGCGUCUCAUGGCCCCAGACGUGGGCCUCUUCGUUUCUUCCCUUUUCGUUCUGAGACUCUGUAAAAAGCUACUGCGCCGCGUACCCCAAAUCAGUCUCCAUGAAAACGGAAUACCCCCGUCUGACCCUGAGGAGGUGGAGACGUCUGAAGCGGAGUCUGAUGGAGACAGUGACUCAGAGGGAUCCUCCUUUGACAGCUCAGAGGAGACCACGGUGCCGGUUCAGGCGAGUCCGCCCCAGUUUGUCCAGAAGCUGAUUGUGUUUGCAGCUGGACUGAGGCUGCUGCUGUCAGCAAUCAUGAACACAGCAGGGAAAGUGGUGGUGACCUUGUUGCUGGGGUUGGCAGGUAUCACGCUGCCUUCCCUCACCUCAGGUGUGUAUUUUGGGGUAUUUCUUGGGCUUGUGUGGUGGUGGGUGUUCAGCCGCUCCAUCAGCCUGCUGCUCUUCAGCUCUCUGUGUGUCAUGAUGGCCAUCUUCAGCGGGGGACACCUGCUGGCUCUGUACCUCUACCAGCUGCCCCUGUCCCAGCAGAUUGUCCCACCAGAAGACGUCUACGCCAGACUGUUCGGUAUGACAGGUAUAAUCAGAACCAACAGCUCAGACCGCAACUCUCUUGGUCUGCACCCACACGUCAGCUGGCCUGACUUCAUCAACCCUUUGGUUCUGCUGCUGCUGUACUACACACUGGUGGCUCUGCUGCACAAAUGGGUCCAUAUAACUGAAGAGGAUACUGUUGAUGGUGAGGAAUCUGAGAGUCCAGUGGACAGUCCAGACAUUCCUCCAAGCUUCUCCAGAGUCAUCUACAUCUCAGGAGAUAAACAGGAGCUUUUGAGCAGCACAGAUGAUGAAACCUAUCUACCUGAUGAGCCAAUGAUCUUAAUGACAAGCAGCUCCUGGCAAGAUGUCCAUAGUAAUGAGCUGGGAUCUCUGUUAGGAGGGGCCGGUUUCACAAACUGUCAUCCUCCGCCACAGUAUGAAGACAAAGACUCAGUGUCUAAUGGGCCAGAAAGUGAGGAUGAACUGGAGGAGGAGAGUGAGGAGGUCCUGAACAGUCCGGCAGAGACGAUGGCUCCUCCCUCAGGUCCAAGUGGUGUGGUCAUCUUUGGACAGUUGGUGCAAAAACACAGCUAUGUCAGUGCCCUGAUCAUCAUGAUGGUUUGGAGCAUCACCUACAACAACUGGCUAACCUUCGCCCUGCUGGUGUGGUCCUGCAUCAUCUGGAUGAUGCGAGAUCGCCGGCGCUAUGCCAUGAUAUCCGCCCCAUUCCUCGCCAUCUACGGCACCGUGCUGCUGGUGCUGGGCUUCCUGAGCAGCCUGCGCCUGAGCCGGGCCGAGCUCUACCCGGGUCUGCCCCCCGCCGUCAUAGUGGACUUCGACCUGAACAGCUACCACCCAGCGCCCUGUGUCCACCUGGGAGCAAAGGUCUUCUACAGCUUCAGCUUUUGGUUGAUGUUUCGACAGCAGCUGAAGGAAAGACUGGAAGAGCAAAGCUUAAAGGACGAGUCGCUAGAUGAAGUCAAAGUCAUGUCACUGGAGGAAAAUCCACCCUCACCUCUCAUAGCGAUGCUGCUCUCAGGGGUUAAAGGGACACUGGUGAAAUACUGGAUACUCUUCUGCUGCUCCAUGUUCUUUGUUGUCAGCUUCUCUGGAAAGGUGGUCGUCUACAAGAUCCUCUACAUUGUCCUCUUCCUCUUUUGUGUUGUCCUCUAUCAGGUCCGUUAUGACGUGUGGCGUCGGCUCCUGAAGACGUUCUGGGCCGUGGUGGUCGGUUACUCCAUGGUGGUGCUGAUAGCCAUUUACAUGUACCAGUUCAGAAGUGUGUCGGGGCUGUUUAGACAGAUCAUGGGCAUGUCGGAGGAUGGUCUUCGUGACCUGGGUUUGGAACGAUACGACACAGUGGAGCUGUUUGCGCGUAUUCUCCUUCCUGCUGCGUUUCUAUUGGCCUGUAUUCUUCAGCUACAUUACUUCAAUACAGACUUCCUGACGCUCACUGACCUCGACAACGUACCUGUCAGACAGGCUUCCAGAGAGGAACAACUCAGGGGUUCAGUCAAUGUGAUAUCUGAGAUCAUUAAAGAAAACAUUGAAAAGUUCCAGAAAAGACUUGUGAAGGAGCAAGAGGGAAAUGGGAAAAGUCAGGAGACUCUGGACGACAUCGGACCACAAACGUCAUUUGAGAGAGGAGCUGAGGAGCAAGAGGAGAUGACAGGAGAGGGAAGUGACCUCAGCAGCCAGGAUGACAAGUGGAUUGUGAUCGUGGACCGUGCAAGCCUGCUGAUCAUUCAGGCUCUGUCUGGAUUCUACAAGCUCCAGGACCUGAGCUGGAGACUGCUGGAGCUCCACAGCCUCAAAAUCGUUUCCACAGGCAUCAUUUGGGUGUCACUACAGGAGGUUUCUCUGAUGAACUUGGUCUUCCUGGUCCUGUGGGUGUUUGCGCUCCCGUUCCCACGAUUAAGACCUUUGGCGAGCAGCAUCUCUGCUGUGUGGGCCUGCGUCAUGGUAGUGUGUAAGAUGUUUUACCAGCUCAAAGUCAUCAAACCCCUCGAUUACUCCUCCAACUGCACCGCUGGCCUGGUGCCAUCCAACAGCUCAAGCCUGGAUGAUGGAUUCGGGUUGAGGGGGAACAUGGUGGAGCUGCUCAGAAGAUCUAUUCUCUACAUCGAGCCUGUAGACCCCAUCUAUUGGUGUGGAGCGCUGCGCAAGUGUGAGGGCAGGAUUCUCCCCUGUCUCAGGAACCAUCUGAUGAUUCUUGGGCUGCUGGUGUUCGAGGCCACUGUCCAUCGCCACCAGCUCUACUUCCGUCUCCACAACGACCUGAAGACCCCGCCCUUUAGCAUCAUCUUCCAGGGAAUCACGAGGCAGCACCUGGACCACGGUGUCCUGCCCUGCAUCAAGUACUUAAUCAACUUCUGCUUCUACAAAUUUGGACUGGAGAUCAGUUUGAUCGUAGGGGUCAAUGUGAUUGGUCAAAGGAUGGAUUUCUACGCCCUGCUCCAUUCUUGUGCCUUAUUGGCUGUCCUGUCAAGGCGCCGCAGGAAGGCUAUUGGGGAGGUGUGGCCUAAAUACUGCUGCUUUACUGCAGGGCUCAUGGUGCUGCAGUAUGUGCUUUGCAUCGGCAUCCCCCCCGCCUUCUGUGCUGAUUACCCCUGGAGAACUGCACUUAAACCUUUGACUUCUAAUGUCAUCAAGUGGUUUUACCUGCCUGACUUCGCCAUGAGACCAAAUCCUUUAUUCAUAUUCUACGACCACCUCCUGUUGCUGUGCUCGUCUCUGCAGUGGUUGGUCUUUGAGGAGGAGAACCGUGCGGCGGUGCGACUGCUGGCCGGAGACAACGUUGAGAUCAGCCGCAGUUUGGAUCCUUGUUCCUUCAACCAGUUCAUACCUGUGAAUAACUUCCUUCACUGCAGGUGCUACCUUGACAUGGUGAAGGUGUUUGUGUUCAGCUAUUUCUUCUGGCUGGUGCUCUGCCUCAUAUUCAUCACCGGCACCACUCGGAUCAACAUCUUCUGUCUUGGCUACUUGGUGGCCUGUUUCUACUUCAUGUUGUUUGGCGGCAGCGUGCUGAUGCAGCCUGUCAAAUACAUCCUGCGUCUGUGGGACUGGCUCAUCGGCUACACUUGCUUUGUGAUUGCCAUGAAGAACCUUCUGUCUCUCGGUUCUUGUGCGUACCUGGACAGCCUGCUGAAGAAUGGCUGCUGGUUAAUCCAGGCCUUCAGUAUGUUCUGCACCAUCAAAGGCUACGAUUUCCCUGAUCCUGAUGAUGAGUGUGAGCUGCCGGAGGGCGAGGCUGGCAUCGUCUGGGAUGCGAUCUGUUUCACUGUCCUCCUCGUACAGAGGAGGGUCUUCCUCAGCUACUACUUCCUCUAUGUGGUGUCGGACCUCAAGUCUUCUAAGAUAUUGGCCUCCAGGGGUGCUGAGCUGUUUGAGGCCAAGGUGAAGAAGCAGGUAGCAGCCAGACUGGAGAUGGAGAAGAAAUCUGUGGAGACGCUGAAGAAACAGAUGGAAAAGAUCAAAUCGAAACAGAAGCCCCCAUCAGCAAACAAAGCAGAACCUCCUACGGUUCAGGAGCAGGUGACGCUGGGUGAUGAUGAGAAGGCAAAGAGAGAUGCAGGAAAAUGGUGGAAGCCUUGGGUCUCUCAGCCUGGAGUGGAAAACAACUGUGGCUACCAUCUGUUUGAGAGCGACACGGAGGAGGAAGAGGAAGAAGAUCUAGAGAAGAAAGAGGAGGAGGAAGCACCAAAGAAGAAAUCUGCUUUCCAGCUGGCCUAUGGCGCCUGGGUGACCAGCUCCAAGACGGCACUGAAGGACCUGAAGACGGAUAAGAAGAAAAGAAAGAAAGAAGAGAAGAAGAGAGCAAAGAAAGAGCUGCAGAGACUGCAGGGCAUUGAUAGAGCGGACUCCAGUGAACUGGAGGAAAGCACUGUGGAGGAGGAGGUGGCAGAGGAGGAAAAAGAAAACAUCCUGCAGCGUGUCAUCAGCACCCUGAAGUUCAGCUGGGUGUUCGUUCAGUCUCUUCUCGACGACCUGACAGAGGGUCUCAACUCGUUCUGUAAAGACAACCUGGACAUUUCCAAAGUCCUGCGCUUUGAGCGAGCGUUACUCAACCAGCAGCAAAAGAAGGGCAAAGAGGUGAGCCAGCAGAGUGUAAAGCAGUUUUAUGAGAACUGGCUGUCCCGUCAGAACACACAGUCGUCUCAGGAUUACCUGGAUGACUCCUCACCUCCUCCAUCCUCACCAGCCAUCAUCUCUUCACACCAUGCAUAUGCCAAGCUGAAGAACCAAGCGUCGAAAGUGUCCUGGGGCAGCAGUGUUUCCAGCUGUAUGACUGAUGAGACGAUGCUGGGCUCCCGGCAGCCGACCCAGGAGGAGCUGGACGAGCCGCCCGCCGCCGACCAGCUCAGACGGAGGCUCCUGAAGACGACCAACAUCGACCUCAACUCCUUUGAGAUUGACGAUCUCUCACCAAGCUGUGAAGAUGGUGCCCUUCCAAAGGAAGAUCACAAACAGGAAGAGGAGGAGGAGGAAGACACAGAAGACGAGAAGAAACUUGAGCAAGAACAAGAAGAAACAGAGGAAGAAGAGAAAGACGACCUGCAUGAAGAGGAUCGUGAGGUCGAGAAAGAGCUUGAGCUGGACGAAGAACAGCAGCAGAGAGAAGAAGAUGAGUGCAUUGAAUAUCCAGAAUGCGCCUUGGUGGGUUUCAGGGAGAGUGAUGGAGAGAAAAGUCUGGACCUCACGGAGUCGCCCAGGCCUCUGAGUCAGGAGACGAGGAACCUCACUGCCAGCGAGCUUCUGCUCAACAACAUGUUUGAAAAUGAUGAGAUCUCAGACUCCGACAAGUUUUUUGUGACGUUGCCGAGGCCACUGAAGCUUCUGUUUGCCCUCUACCACACCAUGGUGUCCAAAUCAGAGAUGCUCUGCUAUUUCGUCAUCAUCCUCAACCACAUCGUGUCGGCCUCGUUCCUCUCACUCAUCCUGCCCAUUCUCAUCUUCCUCUGGGCCAUGCUGUCUGUGCCUCGGCCGUCCAAACGCUUCUGGAUGACAGCUAUAAUCUACACAGAGCUGACUGUUGUGGUGAAGUACUUCUUCCAGUUUGGUUUCUUCCCCUGGACCACCUCUGCCUACAGAGGCAUCAAUGCAGAGCGGCCCUUUGCCCUGCCCAACAUCAUCGGGGUGGAGAAGAAAGAUGGCUACGUCCUCAUGGACCUCAUCCAGCUGCUCGCUUUGUUCUUCCACCGCUCUAUUCUCAAGUGCCAUGGGCUCUGGGACAACAAGGAGGUCGAGAUGCCCGACUUCUUCAAGAAAAUGAAGAAGAAAGUGGACAAGAAGAAGAUGAUGGGUGGUGAUAAGAUGGGCAGCAAAGAGAAAGCUGGACGCCGGCUGAAGUUCCUCCCGCUUCAAGCCUCCACCACCUCCAUUUUCUGUAGACGAAAGAGACGCGACUCUGGCGGAUCUCAGGAUGAGGUGAAGCCCAAGAAGCAGCACAGCAAGAAGACAAGACGACAGCAAAACAAGGUCCCACUGACCAGGAAGCAGAGGAUCAGACAGCAGAUCAGAGAGAGGAUGCUUCGGGCCAAAGCUGCCAUCAUAGAAGUUGCCCUUCACAUUUAUUUACCCAUAAGGCAGUUUUUCUACGACAUCAUCCACCCAGACUUCAGUCCUGUGUGUGACGUCUACGCCCUCAUGUUUCUCAUCGACGUGGUCAAUUUCAUUGUGACUAUAUAUGGAUAUUGGGCUUUUGGGAAAUAUUCCGCAGCAGCCGACAUCACAGAGUCCCUGUCGGAGGACCAGGUUCCAGAGGCUUUCCUGGUCAUGCUACUUAUGCAGUUCGGCACAAUGAUAGUGGACCGGGCUCUCUACCUGAAAAAGUCCCUGAUGGGAAAGUGUGUUUUCCAGGUGGUGCUGGUGUUUGGCAUACAUUUCUGGAUGUUCUUCAUCCUCCCCGGGGUCACUGAGAGGCGGUUCAACAGGAAUCCUGUCGCUCAGCUCUGGUACUUUGUAAAGUGCAUCUACUUCGGCCUGUCUGCCUACCAGAUCAAGUGUGGCUACCCAAACCGCAUCCUGGGAAACUUCCUGACCAAGAACUACAACUACCUGAACCUUUUCCUCUUCCAGGGGUUUCGUUUGGUUCCCUUCCUGACAGAGCUGAGAGCAGUGAUGGAUUGGGUUUGGACAGACACCACUCUCUCUCUGUCCAGCUGGAUUUGUGUUGAAGACAUCUAUGCGAACAUAUUCAUCCUCAAGUGCUGGAGAGAGUCUGAGAAAAAAUAUCCCCACACUCCAGGGCAGAAGAAGAAGAAGGUGGUGAAAUAUGGAAUGGGAGGAUUCAUUAUCUUCGCUCUCAUCAGCAUCAUCUGGUUCCCACUCCUCUUCAUGUCACUGGUCCAGUCAGCAGCCGGGGUGACCAAUCAGCCGGUGGACGUCUCCAUCCAGCUCAGCAUUGCAGGAUACGAGCCUCUAUUCACCAUGAGUGCCCAGGAGCAGAACCUGGUUCCAUACACAGAAGCUGGAUUAAACCGGCUCACUAAAGUCUACGCUACUCAUCCAUCUGCCAUGCAGUUCAUAAUGAACUACUAUGCUGAGGACAUCAUCGUUGCUAAGAUCAAGAGUGAUGCCAGUCGGCUGUGGAGCAUAAGCCCGGCCAGUCGAGAGGCCAUGAUACAGGAGCUCACCAACUCCUCUCACAUAUACAUAACCCUGGGCUGGACGCUGCUAAGGGAUGCGUCCAUAUCGAUGAAUGCAGAGACGGUGGGAGAACACACUGUGAAGUUUGAAGACAAGACCUUGAGAGAGGGGAUCAUCCACAUGCUCAAAGGAAACAGCAGCAAAUCUGUGAUCAUUAACUCUCUGCUGCCAAAGUUCAUCAGGGGUCCCAAAGGAUCCGAAUCCAAAAUGGCGACCAGGAUGAAAGUAGAGCACUCAGACCGCCCAGACCUCCAGGCGCUCGCUUUCUUCAGGCCCAUGUCGGUCAAACUUCAGCAGGUCAACAGGACGUCAGGGAAGGACGCAGAGCAGUGGUGGGUGGUGGAGGAGUGCUCGCCUGUUCUCACCUCGUCUGAGCUCAAGUGUGAGAGUAUAGAGAUCGUGGUGUUCAGUGAUAAGGUCAGCCCCUCCAGUCUGGGCUUUCUGGCUGGACACGGCAUCGUGGGUCUGUACAUGUCCGUGGUGCUGGUCAUCGGAAAGUUCGUCAGGGAGUUCUUCAACGGGAUCUCCAGGUCCAUCAUGUUUGAGGAGCUUCCGUGCGUGGACCGGGUCCUGAAGCUCUGCACGGACAUUUUCGUGGUCCGGGAGACGGGAGAGAUGGAGCUGGAGGAGACACUGUUUGAGAAACUCAUCUUCCUCUACCGAUCGCCGGAAACCAUGAUCAAGAUGACCAGAGAGAAGAAAGACAGCUAGGGUGUGAGGAUAUAUCACCAAUCACUUGCCAUAUCGAUCAAGUUGUAAUAAGGAUGAGAAUCCAUUUCUCCGAUACUAAUCUUGACCUCUGACCUUCAUGGACAGACUUUUUUAGUGGAUCAGUAAAAUAUUUUCCAUUGUAAGAAUUCAUCCUUUUCCCGAUUUCAUUUAUAAACAUGUUUAAAAUUUCAAUAAAGAUCAUCGAUGUAGAUUUAACU